UGCCGUGUGGUUAGCAACUAUGCUAGUUGUGAUAUUGGAUGUAGAAAGUAUUUUAGCAGAGUAAACCUGUUGGAAACACGAUCAGAGAAAGCCCAUUCAACGCUGUUGUGUCAGUACACUAAAAAUGCUCAGAGAAAUACAGCAGGUAAUGGUUUAAUUUAGGGAUAUUCUAACUAGAAACACGUGUAAAAUGUUGUUUAAUAGACAGCCAAGCCCAGUUUGUCUUAGUUUAUAAAAUACAGACCGGCCAACUCGGGUUUUGAAGCUAACUAGCAUAACAUAUUAUGUAGCGUUAGCUUGCUAAGCUAGGUGUUUGUGUUUUAUUUAAUUACCACCUCAGGUGUUGAGGCUGGUGAUACUUAUGGGAAAGCAAAGACAACGUCGUGGUUUAAAGACGAAAGGAGGGCUUUUGGUACUUCUGUGGACUGAAACAAGGGCGUCUGUUCAGAGUUUAAACUGCACUGUUGCAGCUGCUGGUCCGUGGUGCACAGGGAUUAAAAUGAAAGCACUCCAACCUGUCCUCACAGAUUUGAAGGUUCCCUGUGUGUGGCCAAGUCCUGAGCCUGACCCAGAGGAGCUGUGUGCUUUCACUGAUCUGUAUGGUUCCCUCAGAUUACUCCUGUCCUUUCAGAUGAAAGAUGCAAGACUUUUCAGUCCAGAGUGGCAGGCUCAUAUAGAGGCGUUCCUACACAAAUUCAGUUUGGCUAAUGCAGGGAUUAAAAUCCACCUUAAGUUCAAAUUCAACCAGCAGACCCUCCAGCAAGAAUUCAGAGUUAAAAUCAGAAGUAAAGUUAAACAGGCAGACAACCCAUCACUGCUCUUGGAUGUCACCUGUAAUACACAGCCUCCAGUGUCUGUGAAGAAAGGAUGCUGGUGUCAGGGAGGACACCCUGUCCUUGGAGGCAGGUUGCCACUCAGUAUCCCAACACAAGCCAUGGAUCAGGGUUUGUACGGGGAGCUCAGCAUCCAGCCUGUCACGCUCCUUAGCCCCUGUAUGCUGCAGUACCCCAAUCUGGCAACCCAGCUCACUCACAUACAAGUGUUGGUUUAUAGUCCCAGUAAUGUUCCUGUUACAGGCCCCUCCACCUUCUUCCAGAACUUCCCCGCUCAUCUGGACUGUCAAGAACUGAGCCUGCAUGGCCUUCACUGCUCCUCGUUCAAAGAUCUUGUGCUCUGUGGUGGCACUGUGUAUAAAGCAGAGGAAGAUCUGAGUCUUCCCACAAUGCAGCAGAGUCUCCUGCUUUUCCUCUUCCUGCAGUACAGUGACCCCUUCACCUCCCACCUCUCUGAUAUUAUGGCUACAGAGGCAAUGAUAGAGCACCACCUGGAGGAUAUACUGAGCAACAACAGACAGGCAGUCACAGCAGCCCUGCAGACUGAGCUAAGGAACACACUGAAAGCUCAAAAUCGCAGAAAAAAGGACCAAGAGAAGCUUCGUUCAGCUGCUGAGGUGAUUCUCAGCUCGUCCAUCAGUAUCGUGAGCUGCAGCAGUAACAUGGACUUCAGAAAUGCCUGUCUGAACAGCAUGAUGGUGCGUGACACUCAUGAACUGUCGGCCGCCCUCUGUGAAUCUCUGAGGAGGGUGACAUCAUGGAAAUUCACCCCCAGGGCCAGGUGCUACUCUGCUCAGAUGGAAGAACAUGCUGAGAGAGAUGGGCCAACCAGAACAGAGAUCUGAGACUGUCUGUGUUGGUCUUGAGAGAGUAUUGUUCUGUUUGAAGCCUGUGGAAUUUAACACUGGAAUGAAUAUUCAUGCAGUUUAAAGCAUGGUGGUAGUUUGUGUUGUAAAUGUGCUAGUGAUAGAAAAAGCUGUUUGUUUAACCUUUUCAUUUUAAAAAUACAUUAAUGUUAGAAUUGUUUGUGUGUUACACCAGAUGUGAGACCUAAACUAGGUCUGCAACUAUAGAUUAUUUUCAGUACUUAUUUAAUUUAAUAGGGAAAAAAUCUCGAUUAAUCAUUUGUAAUUUGUCAAAGGUGGCGAUUCAUUUUUUUCCAGUUGUUGCAGCCUCUUAUCUACGCUGAAUAUCUGAUCUGAAACAAUCCUGUGUUGAUUUUAUUUUUCUAUUAUGUACUCCUACGUAAACAAUAUAGUACAAUAACAUGAACAUAUGUAGUGUGUACUUUCUUACUGACGCUGUAAGGUUGCACUAUGUAGCUCCAUAGUUCAUGCAGUCGUUUGUAGUUAAACUGGGAAAACCUGACUGGUUAAACAUAAAAAUAUUUUUGCACAUCCCCAACGGCUAAAACAGAAACUAAACAUUGUCACGGUUACGGUUACCACCGGAUGGC